ACUAAAUCGUAUAUAAAACGGACGAUAAAGUCGAAUGUUUUUAGUGUAUGUUUUAAGAGCGAAAGAGCCUAAAUCAUGGAGGAUUGUGAAAUCAUAGGAAUGAUUUUUGAAAUGAUUGGAGAUAUGCUGUUCGGCUCUGACAGCUCUUCUGAUGAUGACUACGACUCUUCGAGCACUUAAAAUGCAUACCUAAAAUUACCAGGAUAUUUAUAAACCAUAAACUUAAUUCAAGUAAUAAAAUUAAUACAGCUGAAUAAUAAUAAUUAACCUUCAAAAUAAAAGCUAUAAAUACAAGCAAAUUUGUUAAAGAACUAAAGUUAAAUAUGGACUGCUGUGAGCUGCCGGAAAUAUUUUUAAGUUUCCUCAACGACCUCUUCUUCUCGGACAUAAGUACAACGUUUUUAUAUAAUAUAUAAUAAGUAAAUAUAAUAUCAUUCUCUUUUUGUUUGUUAAGCUGACGAGGAAUACUUCGGUAAUUACUACGAUAACUGAAAUUGAUAAAUAAUCCGGCAUUCGUGAUGUAACAAAGUAAAUAAAUUAGAUAUGAGCAUUUA